AUGUGCUUUCACGUCGAAUCGCUCGCCAAUGAUGGCUGGAAGGUCGCUAUCGUUGGCUACCCCGGUUCGUCCCUCCCAGCCCCAUUGCAACGCUCCUCCGUCAAGCAGCAUCACCUUCGCAGCCCACCCUCGUGGAUAUCCCGAUUGCCAAGGAAGGCCUUCGUCGCGGUGGCACCGUUCAAGCUCAUCCUACAGGCCAUAUCGUUGUUCUGGGAGCUGACGACGCAGGUACAUCCGCCACCGGAAGUUGUCCUGGUCCAAACACCGCCUGCUUUGCCGACGCUGCUGGUGGUGAAAGCGGCUGCGGCGCUGGUGAAAGCGAGAGUCGUGAUCGAUUGGCACAACCUCGCGUACACGAUCCUAGCGCUACGACUGGGGGCGAAGAGCAGGCUGGUGCGCCUAGCAGAAAGACUGGAGCGAUGGAGUGGGAGGGACGCGUACGCCCACCUCUUCGUGACCGAGGCGAUGAAGAAUCAUCUUUCGCUCAGUUGGGGGUUGCGGGGAGAGAAGAGGGUGUUGCACGACCGACCGCCGGGGCAUUUUAGACGAGCGACGGUGGACGAGACGCACAAGCUGUGGUGCAAGCUCCUGCCGGAUAUGCAACCGAGGAUAGGCGACGACUGGUUGCCGGAGCACGCACUGCCCGAGACAACACCUUUUACGCAACGCACAGCUGAGUGUGUGCGGUGGAGGGAGGACAGAACGGCCCUGGUGGUGAGCAGUACCUCCUGGACGGCCGACGAGGACUUUGGUCUCCUACUCCGUGCAGCACGUCUGUACGAGUUUCGCGCUCGCGCCCUUGCCGAAGGCGGACACUCACGAAGCAGUACCAACGACAAUCUCUCGCCCAUCUCCCCGCUCGAAUCGGACCCGAUACGACUGUCCAAAGAACGCCGCCGACCGUCCUUCGGCACCCUCCGCACGACCACUCUUCCGCACACCCCAGCGACGUCGCUACCGAAAGUGCUGAUCGUCGUCACUGGAAAGGGUGAGUUGAAAGCGCAAUACCUCCGCGAAAUCGCCACGUUGGAGCGCAACGAAGCAUGGCGUUUCGUCCGUAUCCGAACUGCGUGGCUCGAAACCGCCGACUAUCCCUUGCUCCUUGGAAGUGCCGACUUGGGCGUGUCGCUGCAUACGAGCAGUAGCGGCUUGGAUCUGCCCAUGAAGGUGGUGGAUAUGCUUGGGUGUGCUCUGCCGGUGUGUGCGCUCGACUUUGCGUGUCUCGACGAGCUCGUUCGGGAUGGCUACAACGGUGGCGUGUUCCGGGAUGAGGGAGGAUUGAUGCGAUUGUGGGAGAGUCUGCUUUCCACGCAUCCGGGCGAGAACUGGUUGGUCCGAGGAGGAGGGUUGGAGAGACCGUUCGAUGCGCAUGGGCAGAGUGGGGCAGGCACACCCAUGUCACCCAAUCCAAGCAUGACACUGCUCCACAGUCCGGGAUUGCACAAGGGCGAGAGAAGGGGGAGGGCGACCUGGGCGGGAAAUUGGAAGCACGUCAUGCGACCUAUACUCAAUCCGAAGACGCACGCGGACGGCGAGGAGGAGACGGCUGUCGAUGCCCAUCUUUCGCGCAGCUCAGCGUUGAACCUCAACACCAGUCUGGGAGGGAUCCUUCAACGACGCGCCAAAGGGUACACGCAGACAGCCGACGAUGACGGUAGCGGCGAAGUUGGGCAGGAAGGCGUAGACGGAGCCAAGGGCAAGGGCGGAUUCGGCUUCGUCUCCCAACCAGCGCUGACGACGGGCGGCGAGACGAGAGACGGCCUGCGCCAACGCAAGUCGGUCAGCAAGCCCAAUUCUUCGCUCCUCGAUCUCGACGACGAGGAAGGCAAAGAGGACGCCAUUCCCGCGAUUCAGGUGUCGCGACCUGCACCAUCCUAG